GUUAAUAUUAUAUUGUAUAUAUACAAUAUUGCAUUGUACUGAGAGGUGUUUCUAAUAUUUUGUCUACUGAAUGAAGAUGAGAUUUUAAUAUGUGACUGAAGGCAUACCACUUUAUGUAUGUUAUGUAUGUUUAGUCAAGCCCUAAAGGAAACUGCACUGUCAAAACGUCAGUUCUAGUAAUAAACUAACAUUAUUAUUAUUAUUUAGGCAAGAGUGUGCAGUUGAUAUUUCCUGUUUUCAGUCUGACCCUUUUCAACAUUGCUGUGUGUUCCCCAUGCCACACAAAUGAAAUGAGGGCUAACACAUUUCACUAUAUCUUACCAUGUUGACACAUCAUGUUCAGGAUACAAAGGAGACCUUUAUGUCUAUGUACACAUACAUGUUGUACACAUUCAGAGCUACUGUAUGUUUUUCUGUGUAUGGACUGGAUGACUGACACUAUUAAAAGCACUUUAUAUUACAUUACAUUACAUUCAGCCACUUUUGUCCAAAGCAGCUGACAAUAAAUACAUUCAAACCAAGUAGGAAUAAGAGCUAGAUAUCAUCCAAAUGGGAGUGUAUGCCUUUUAAACAAAUAACUAAACACAUGUUCAGUGCUACAGUACAAGUGCUUAGAGACUUUCCUUUUUCUUUAAAAAAAAAAAAGAUGAGCGACCGCAGUGUAUAUGAUUUGGGUGGUUUGCUUGUUUUUGUUCCAGAAGAUAAAAGCCACAGUUGUCUGGAUGUGUACUUUAGCCAUCUCCCUGUUCGUAGAGUCCUGUCAUGCACAGAAGCUGAACAUCCACUGGGGUCCUCAGUCCAUGAUGUACUUGAAGGGCAAACAUGGCAGGAGGUUUGUGUCGGAGGAUGACAACAGUGUUUUCAAGCAGGGUCUCCAGGGCUGGUAUGCAGUGCUCAGAGGCAUCCAGCGACUGCAGUCGCGGGAGUUCAGUAAACCCAGUCACAUCGUGAGCUCAGAGAAAGUCCUCAUCCACUACCUCCAGGAGAGAUGAGACACACUGCGUCUGACUGGCUACACAUGGGAACUAAACUAACAAUUCACUGAGAACAUGUCCACAGUAACACAGACUUCAGUUCAUAUCACAUCAGUCACGGUCCAAUUUCUAUUGAACGUGACAGGCAGAGACACAACCCAACCAGACCAGCAGCAAGUUCUUGUGAUGUUGUUACAGUAUAUGAAAUAUAAAUAUUUCACUCUGUUUUAAAGUUUCCUCAGUGAAUUGUUAUGUUUACAUCUUUGUAUUUUUCAUGCAUGAAUAAUAUAUUUGUGUUCUUUGUACAGAUGUCUGCUUGCUGUAUAUAAAGCAACAUAAAAAGACAAAAUGAUCUGAAUAAAUGAUGGAAGCUU